CGUCAGGUCGGCUCCCAAUUUGCUCGCUUCUUGUUUGCCUGAUGCUGCAAAGAGAGUCUAUCUGAUUCACCUGUCAUAUCCUUUAGCACAUUCAAACAAAACGGCACCCCGCAGAUUCAGGUCAUUACAGUGGAUGCCCCUCCGAAAUAUUCCGCUUGUUUGAAUCAGUGUGAGCACCACCUAAACACGACCUCACUCUGUGAUCUGCUACCAUCGCCUGCGAUUUGUUUCAGAUGCAGAUAAUGAAAGACUUCUGCAAUCACUGCAGCAAGAGCAAGGAUCUGAUGCCCUGUCUCACUGCUUCCUCAGGAAAAGGCUCCUUUGUUCGAUCUCAUUCCCGAGACAUGCCCUGCAGCACUGCUUGCUCUCUGACCCCGGUUCCAGGCUGAGAUUCAACCCGCUCUCUCCCACUCCUUGUUGCUCUGCCCGGUCUUGAUUUACCUCUUCCAGUUCCCGUCAGCCAGCUUUGUCUACAAGUAGAGUGUCUCACAGAACAAUGGACAGAACAGCCUCUACGCAGCUGCCAGUUGGCGUCGGAAGCAAUCGCAAAACAGGAUGGCUUAACACCACAAUCAGUAUCGCCAAUGGAGGGGCAUAAAUAGGACCACCACGGUCGUGACGAGAACUUAUAAUUCUCUUCUUCAUCUUCAGACAGCCAUCUCAGCUAAACAGCAGCUCUACCAGCAGAAACUCACCUACAGCCUGUUCAUCAAAAGCACCUCUGCAGCUGUGAUCGAGGUAUCCAAAACCCCAACAUCUCUCUACAACGUUUCACUCCACCCCGCAAUCAUGGACGUCUUCACCAGACUCGCCUCAGGGAUCUACAUGCGCCAGCACCAUCGAGGAGAUGACCGCUCACAACCUCUUGACCCUGCACGCCGCCGCGCCAAACGCCUUCAGGACCUCCAAGAUGACGAGCUCCACCGCGCCAUCGCCCACACCAACGACCACAUCGCGGAAGCGAAGACCAAGUACGAAUCCCUGCGCAAGCGGCGCCAAGCAAUACGAGCCAAACUCGACGAAUUGAGCGCGGAGAUGUACGGCCAGGACGAAAAGAUCAUGCAGUUGCAAGAAUGCCGGGGCGAGUGUUUGAAGGAGAAGAAGGCGCGGGAGGAGAGGCGGGGAGAGCUACGACGGGAGCAGCGGGGAAGGGCGCACGGGAAGGAGAGUCCUCGUCGAGGCUGGUGAGGCGGACGGGCCGAGCGAGGCACCAUCAGAUGUUUCUCAUCGUCUAGGGAGGGAUCUGGGGCGCGCGUGAAACGAAGAGCUUGGGGGAGCAGGGUCGCAAAGAGAACUGGAAGGCAUGGAGGGAAAUCAUAUGUUGCUGGAUAGAUGGGACGCAGAUUUAUUGGCAGGAGUGAAGACAUCAAGUCAGUUCAUUUUGUCGGGGAGUCAAGUACGAAACCAAGUCAGAUCUCGAAUACCAUUUGGCAGUGCUAGGAAAGUCGGAGCUUAAUAUCAUCCAUUCAUACCCGCGUUUGGG